GACUAUUGAGAAGCCCAAAGCCGGACCAUCGACCAGAUGAACCGAGAGAAAACAUAAACAAUUCCGAAUUUUGCGGGCUCUCCAAGAAAUUCUCCAUGGCAGCAAGGUUGACCCUCUCAAGAGUCAAGAGGGCAAUCUCAUAAAAUCUUUUGUGUCAAGGAUUUUUGCAGACCUUUUUUUCUUGAUGAAAAUGGAGAGCACAUGUGCAAUCAAGAAAGAUGUCACUGAGUUAAUUGGAAAUACCCCAAUGGUAUAUCUCAACAAUGUUGUUGAAGGUUGUGUAGCUCGUAUUGCUGCCAAGUUGGAAAACAUGGAACCUUGCUCAAGUGUCAAGGACAGAAUCGCACAUAGCAUGAUCAAGGAUGCAGAAGACAAAGGCUUAAUUACCCCGGGGAAGACUGUCCUCAUUGAGCCUACCAGCGGUAAUACUGGCAUCGGUAUGGCAUUUAUUGCAGCAGUAAAGGGUUACAAGGUAAUCCUUGUUAUGCCAGCUACAAUGAGCCUCGAAAGAAGAAUUGUCCUCAAAGCAUUUGGUGCUGAGUUGUACCUCACUAAUCCCGCCAAGGGUUUUAAUGGGGUUCUUGAGAAGUCCGAGGAAAUACUGAGCAAAACACCCGAUGGUUAUAUGCUUAAGCAAUUUGAAAAUCCUGCAAAUCCAAAGAUUCACUAUGAAACCACUGGACCUGAGAUAUGGAAUGACUCGGGAGGGAAAGUUGAUGCCCUGGUUUCAGGGAUUGGGACUGGUGGCACCGUGACUGGUGCUGGAAAGUUCCUGAAGGAGAAAAACCCGGACAUAAAGGUUUAUGGUGUAGAACCAGUUGAAAGUGCAGUCUUGAGUGGAGGAAAACCUGGUCCACAUCUAAUCCAAGGAAUUGGUGCUGGUAUCAUCCCUGCUGUUUUGGAUGUAGAGUUGCUUGAUGAAGUUAUUCAAGUUUCAAGCACGGAAGCUAUUGAUACUGCAAGGUUACUUGCCUUGAAAGAAGGUUUGCUGGUAGGGAUAUCAUCUGGUGCCGCAACAGCUGCUGCAAUAAAGAUAGCAAAGAGAUCUGAAAGUGCCGGAAAACUCAUUGUUGUGAUUUUUCCAAGUCUUGGGGAGCGUUAUCUGUCCUCCGCAAUGUUCGAUUCCAUUAGGGAAGAGGCUCAAAAUAUGUCAUUUGAUUGAGAUGUUACCCAAUUUCGGCAAGUUAUUAUCCUUUUAUGAUAAUUUAAAUAUAUACUUACUGACAUUAGUGCUACACAACCCGUCACCUUUGUUGGAUCAUUUUUGUGCUUCUUUAUUGAAGUCAUGAGAUUUUCUGUAAUAGCCCUUGACCAGUUGAACCUUUUUGCAUUGUCCAAGUUGUCAACGUACUUGAUGAAUGACAAUGGAAGGUGAUCCGCUCUAGUUGAGAAGAACAACGUUAAACAAC